UGAGGGCGCUGAUCACCGCUCCCUCUGCCUGAGCUGCACAGCGUUAAUUAAGAAGGAAGGACCAGCCGUGGAGUUAAUGAGUUAAUGAGUUAAUGAUGUUUGGUCCUUCGUGUGUCUGAGGGUAAAGGAGGGUAAAGGACGUCUCUGAGUAACUAAUCUUUGAUUUAAACUUUACAGUCUAUGGUUUGAAACUUUAAACAGACAGAAAUAAUCCAGUUUUAUCAUCCAGCCGAGCUAACAGCUUCUCCCGCCUUAAAGUCUGCUGUUGGAGCCUCUUCAGAUUCUUAAAGGUCCGGUUACUCCCCGGCAGGGUCCGACUCAGAGAGGGAACAGAACAUCGCGUGGUUCCUGCAGACGGAGGUCAUGUCCAGACGCAGCCUGCGGCUCGGCGACGGCCUGCUGGACCGCAGUCUGCCGCACAGCAGCGCCUCCUUCAGCGUGGGAGGAGCCGACUGGAAGAGCACCAGGUCGUCAAAGUCUGGCCGCUCUCAGCAGCUCUCAGUCUCCUGCUCCGAGUCUCUCCUCGUCCACACUCCUCGUAAACAGGCGGUCCACUCGUUCCACAACAGCAGCCUCCACAGCGUGGCGUCCGAUGCCUCCCUGAUCUCCUCCCUGCUGGACGAGUCCUCCAUCCAGGAGACCACGCUGGUGGACACUCUGUGGGGUUUGGACCAGGACGUCGACCCUAAAGAGAGCACCAUCGUAGCAGAGCAGAGCACCAUCCUGGCAGACCGCACUCUGAUUGGCUCAGAUGGCAGCUGUACAAAACACCCGCCGCACACGCUCAGUACGGUUUACUGUCAGGACUGCGAGGACCAGCAAGACAGGAGGGAGUCCACGUACCGCCCCUCCUUCAAGUACACGUCGUCCUCCUCCUGCAGGGAGCCCGCAGACCCGGACACGUCCAUCAUCUACAGCCGGGACCGGAACCGCAAGAGCCGCACAGGUGUGCUGGUGUCCGUGUGGGACAGGUCAGCAGCCUGUGUGCUCUCCCUGCUCGCUGUGCUCUGCCAUCACCUCCUCAAACACAGACCUGUUACAGAUGUUCUGCAGCUGUGGUGUGAGCGGUCUGUGCUGUGUGUGCGGAGCGCUGCAGCCUGCUGUGCGUCCGUGCUGACGCUCACCCUGCAGGUGUGUCGUGGGCUGGUUUUACAGACUGACCCCAGACUCAGAGCUCGGUCCAGUCACUGCAGAGUCAUGAACCUGCGGGAGUCCAGCACCCACCAGGAGGAGGUUCAUCCCAACGGGUCUCUGUGUGACGACUGUAAGGAGAAACAGCACUCAGUCUCCUCACCUCCGUCUUCGUGGUCCUCUGUGGCUUCCUGUGCGUUGGGGCUGGUGUGGAGCGCUGCUGUUCUCACAGGUAAAUCAGCAGCUGAUGUGUGUCGGUGGCUCAGCAGACGAUGGCGUCACAUGAAAACCAGCUUCCCUCUGACUCGGUCUCCUCUCAGACUCCUGCUGCUCCUCCCUCUGCUGCUCCUCCUCUUCAGUCUGUGCUGGUUCGGUCCGGCCGGUCUGUGGUCAGUUCUUCCAGCUGUCCCCGUCACAGAGUGGAGCGCGGCGCUGCCUGACGCACCCCGCCCGUCCUCCGUCUCCAGCCUCCUGUCCUCACAGAGCGGACCAGUAGAGGGCGCCGUGGAGGAGGAGAGGGAGGUGCAGGUGUACGAGGAGGCGCUCUACAGCAGAGCUCCACCUGCCGACACGGAGCGAGGCGAGGAGGAGAACGCCGCGGCGGGGGAGGAGUCAGUGCGUCUGGAGCGUCUGGAGCAGAGUCUGACGGCGCUGUGGGGGCAGGUGGAGACCGGCGGGCGGCAGGCGGAGCAGAGACACAGAGAGGUCCUGCGGCUGUACGCAGACCUCCAGCAGCAGCAGCAGGUCUCUGCACAGAGCGGGGGAGAGGAGAGCUGGCUUAGCGGCCUGCUGGACCAGCAGCUGGACCAGAUCAGGACCCAGCUGGAGGAGGAGAGGCGGACCAGAGAGCAGACUCGGGAGCAGGAUCUGUUGCAGCAGCAGAGAGAUUCAUCUCGUCUGGACGAGCUGGAGCGUCAGCUGAAGACGCUCGCCGCUAGAACACAGGAGGUGCAAUGGAGACAUGAAGCUUCUACGACCACCUCACCUUCACCCACACUCCCAGCUGCUGUCAGGUAACCUUCCUCCUCCUCCUCCUCCUC